GUCAGACAGACACACUUGCAACCAUGGUGCCUAAGCAUUGCUUUCUAGGCUUCCUCAUCAUGUUCUUCCUGACCAGUGCAACAGCAGUGCUCACAGAAAUGGUCAAUACUGUCCUUGCCACUUCAGGAACUCAGCCAGCCCAUGUCCCUCUGAAGCCUCAGAAGGUCCAAUUUCAGUCCAGAAACUUCCACAACGUUUUGCGCUGGCAGCCAGGAAGCGCCCUCAGCAGCAACGGCAGCGUCUACUUUGUGCAGUACAAAAUGUAUGGACAGAGACAGUGGAAAGAUAAGAAGGACUGCUGGGGGACCACAAAACUCUUCUGUGACCUGACCAAUGAAACCUCAGGCCUGUAUGAGCCAUACUACGGGAGGGUGAUGACAGCCUGGGCUGGGAGCCACUCCGCCUGGAGCAGGACACCCCGCUUCAUCCCAUCAUGGGAAACAAAACUUGAUCCUCCAGUCGUGACCGUAACUCUAGUUAAUGCAUCUUUGCUGGUACUUCUCCGUGUCCCAGAGUUGCCAUAUAUAAACCAAAAUGGAAAGAAUGCAUCUAUGGAAAUUUACUAUGACUUAGUAUACAGAGUUUUCAUAAUUAACAACGUGCUAGACAAGGAGCAGAAAGCCUACGAAGGGACUCAGAGAACGGUUGAAAUUAAAGGUCUGGCACCUCAUUCCAGUUACUGCAUAGUGGCUGAAUUGUAUCAGCUCAUGCUAAACAGAAGAAGCCCAAGAAGUGACAAGAGAUGUGUGAAGAUUCCGUGAACCAGUCUGAGGCGCUCUUCAGUGCAGAAACCAAGAGCACGUUGAGAAUGGGAUGGCUCAUGCUUGGAACAGCUUUCUACACUUCUGUUUCAAUUUUCGUACAUCAGUGUCUACUCACACCUUUUGAAGGUUUCUUCAUCAAUGUUUUCAUUUCUGCUUAUUUCAGUUAUAAAGUAAAGUAAAUCUGAAUAGAUUCAAAAAGUAGAAUUUAAAGGAGAGAUAAAGAGUAAAGAGCUUGUGAUGGAUGACACAUGUCUUUAACCUCAACAUUGGAGAGGCAGAGUCAGAAAGAGCUCUGACUUUGGGGACAGCCUGGUUUACAUAAAGAGUUUAUAGGCUAACCAGGGCUACAUAGUGGGAUCCUGCCUCAAUAAAAUAAGAUGGUAAGAUAAAGAUCUUGUAUAAAACAUAGAAGUUUAUUUCUGAAUAUAACAACCCUAACAAUAAUAUUUUCUGCUAAAAUUGCAAAAUAAAAAUAAAGUAAUAACAGGCAUUUAACAAAAUGUUGCAAUAAUUUUAAAGCAUUAUAUAUAAAAAUCUUGCACCAAUAAUUUUUCACACUCUUGAGCCAUUUGCUUUGCCACAGAUACAUUGAUUUAAUAUUUUAUGUGAAUGAACAUAUUUCUGUACAUUUCUAUUUUAUAUGAAUAUAUUCUUAUUGUUUUAUUUCUUAUGUAGUAUUCUACUUAGUGAAUCAACACUUUAAAAAUAACCUCUCAUAGCUCUGAAUUAAUUUCUAGAAUAAGAUUUUCAACAAUAGAGUGUAAAUAUUGAAGGAAAUCUCCAAAAUACAAUUUCCCCUUAACACACAAUCUUAGUAAGAUUACCCUUUCUGGUUUUGUUUUUACUAUUGCCUUAGAGUUUACCUGUAUAGUCAAAAUGAAGCAUAUUUUUUUUUUCACAACAAAGAUGGAAGAAACAUGUAAGCCAUGCUGAUAAACGGCUAUUCAGGCAAAGGGGUCUCUCCAUUAGCAGAAUGGCAGUUUGGUUGGAGACGGUUGGUGCCCUUAUAGGAAGCAGGGCUUGAAGCUAAAGACACACAGUAGAUGCUUAAAUUGCUUUUAAAAUUAUAAGGAAAAUCAAAACCCUGUGAAUCACACUACCUCUCCUGAGCAAAGAUCAGGUAGCCUGAGGCUCAGAAAGUGGCCGGCUUUGCCUGGGCUAAAUCUUUCUGUACCUCGUUGAACUUAGACUACCUGCUACUGAGGAUAUGUAUGAGAGAACAUUUGUAAUCCUCACAAAAGCUGCUCCAAAAUAUAACUUUAAAAAUAUAAUCAGUUCUUCUGGCUGCUUAUAUUCACAAUGAUAAAUGGUUGUAGAUCACUGAAAACACGGGAGAGAUGUGAAAAGCAAGCAUUGUCCCUGCUGUCAGAAAAUACUGACUUUCACUCCUAUUUUUGAACUAUUCAAAUUUUAUUUCUUUUUGUGGAGUAGUACCUGGUUGGUUUGUUCUUUUUUGUUUUGGUUUUGGUACCUUGGGAAGGGUGAUGACUUGGGAAGGACGGCCUCAUCAUUGGGAAUCAGAAGCAUAUCAUAGUGACAACAUUCAGGUUGUGAAACUCAGCCUAAAGCCUCAUUUGAAUGUUGUCAGACAACAGAGUUUUGCUUUGAUUUUGUUUGCUUGUGGUUUGCUUUCAUGCGUGAGCUCAGCCAUGAUUACACAAGUAUAAAUUGCUUGGAGAAACAUUACAAUUUUCACAUUCUUGAUCAUAUUAAGAACAAAUUGUCAUAAUACUUCAAUAAAUCUCACUUCAUACUUUA